AUGGCAUCUUCGUUUCUUCUGCCAAACUACAACAUGAUGGGUGAUCAUGAUAUCCAUGGUAUGGAGGGUCUACGCGGUGCACCCACUGAAUCAGAGGAUGUUGAGGACGACUUCGAGGAUGAGGAGGAUUUUGAGCCACUGGCAGCCAGCGUGACGGACUUCGAUCAUCAAGAUCACGUCAAGUCACAGUUCGAGAAGGAUCUCGAGGAUGCAAGGAGGCUCUUUCCAAAGAAGCCCGAGACGAAGGAAGAAAAGAAGCAAGGGAUGGCGUUUGUGGUUGCGCGGACGCCGCAGUGGCACAGGCGCACAUGGGAAGACCAGAAUUUUCUGCAUUAUCUGGCCUACUACGACUACAACCGCAAACCCAACUUGUCAUGGUUGAUGACCCGUGCCAUCUACAAAUCUCCGGACUUGAUGGGUGUUCUGGACGACACCAAACGAACGCCUCUAACGGCCGCCCUGAGCGUGGGCAACGAAAUGUUCACGCAUGCAGCUUGCAUUAACCAAAAGCCCGAGACCAUGUCGCAGCUCACUGAAGCUCUCCGCAGUGAGUGCGCCAACCACAACAACGAUCGCAAAACUACAACAUGCCUUCAUACCGCUUUGACUUCCUCCUUUACCAAUUUUAGCAAGGGAAAAGCCCGGGGGGCAAUCAUCAAGAGGAUGUGCGAUUUCGUUCCCGAAGAAAUGUUCACCGUUGAGGACUUCGAAGGCCGGACGCCGCUCCAUUUGGCUGUCGAGUAUGAAAGAUGCUGUAAGGACCAAGUUGGCAUAGUCAACGAGCUACUCCGGCGAGGGCAGCAAGCACUUAUGGUCGCGAUCACAAGACCAUCGUUCUCUAAGCGACCUCUUUCUGUCUAUCAGUACCAUGAGAAAUCCCGAAGGAGGGCCGAGGGUAACACGAAACCACCGGCAGGGCUCCCAAAGAAGCACGCUCAGGGUGCUCUUAGUCAGGCAAAAGACCGCCAGACCGGACCGCCUGAUGCCAAAGCAGAGGGCAAGAAGGGCGCUUCAAGGAUAGAAAAGGGAAGUAUGGGACCUCCACCGUUGCCAAACGACAAGGCUUACGGAGCAGGCUUCGGGAUACAGCGGAGAGACUCUAUGCCAUCUGCCAACUUGAAAGGUACUGAGACACCCAGAUCUAAUGACCUGAAGUCCAAAGUCCCUGGCCCUGCGGGAUUUCCGGAGGCUUCUGCUCGUCCUCCAACAGACCGGGACCUGCAGAACGAAGAACGAGAGAAGGCCGCCCAGCAAAUAGGCGAGCAGCUCAAGCUUCAUUACCUCCGUACCCAAAGACCAGACCGUGUGGUCCAAUUCUUACAUGAUCCAGAAGAAAGAGAUGCCAGGCAGUUGUGGUUUGACUUUGGCGAGCCCAGGAAGUUUACCGAGCGCGACUUUGAAAAGCAAUUCCGCCACCUUAAGUUUGAUUCUGCCCUGCAGUACGUGGCUUUUCCGCGGGUUCAGUUGGAAGAGAACGAGGACAUCUCGGACUCACGUCAUAAGGGCCGAAAGGUUAUUGUGGACGACCUUGAGGCUCCAUCGCACAGCGAUGAGGCAAUUGAGGACGCACUGAAAUCAUUUGAUGUGGAGAUCUUGGACUGGCGAAGACUAGAUCUUGAUCCAGUCACACUUGUUCGAGUAGGGAAAUGCCUUCGAGAAAUCCAUCUCCAGUGGGGUGGAGGAAACCCUGUGCUCAGAGCAUGGUCCGAGAAGGAAGGACUGGCUAUGAUACCCACGUUGGAGACGAUCCACCUCAGUCAGGACGAGGGUCUCGAAUCGGACACAAGAACAAGGGAAAAUCUCGAUGAAUUUGAGAAAAGGCUUUACGAGGCGUGGCCCACCGAGAGGCCAAAACCUCGGGUCAUUCGCCCCAAAUCGACCGGCGGUCGCCGUCCAAAUGGUGCUCACCAAUUUUCCAUCCCGCUCAACCCGAACCAGGAACGCUCUGUCGACCCGCACAAGUGGAUGCAAUGCAUGGAGGAGUUUGCUUCCUACUUCAGGCAAAUCCAAGUGCUUCGGAAGCCCAGAAGCGGCGAAUCCCCGGCUCCAGUACAAGUGGCCCUGAUAGACGACGGUACCGACAUUACUCAUCCAGAUCUCAGAGGUUUCGAGUUCCCGGGACAGAGCUUCCAUCACUAUCGGGAUGGUUCGACCUGGCGCGUCUCUCCGUACUGGGACUCGAAGUCCGGCCACGGAACGUUAAUGGCGAGGCUUAUUCUCCGUGUCUGUCCCAGCGCCACCAUUCAUGUUAUUAAGCUGCAGACCUUUCAUGGGCAAGGCUCCAACAAACUUCAAAUCCGCCCUGAAAGCGCGAUACAGGCCGUCAAAUACGCAGCAGAAUUAGAAGUCCAUAUCAUUUGCACGUCAUGGACGAUGAAACCACCAACGGAAGACGCCGUGAAAAAAGGCUUUGACGACGUGAUCCACGACGCCCUCAGCAACAAGGGCAUCCUCAUGUUCUGCGCGGCCAGCGACCAGGGGAAAUCGGCUGACCUGACGUACCCGCACAGCAGCCACAACAAGAGCUUCAGGAUCGGCGCGGCAAAGGCCACGGGGGCCAUCGUGAACAACGUCGGCGACACGCACGAGCUGAACUACAUCUUCCCCGGCCACGAGGUGGCCAUUGGGGAUGUGUACGGCGUCAAGGGCCCGGAGCUGGAGGGCCACUCGGGAAGCUCCGUGGCCAACGCCCUCGCGGUUGGCCUGGCCGCUCUCAUCAUCGAGUGCGUCCGGCUAGGAGUCUUUCACACCGACGAGACGAAGCCAACUGAUCCGACCGUGGCCAUUUAUAAAGAGGACCUGGAGAAGAUACGUGAACGCGGACAGAUGGACCUCGCGUUGGCGUCAAUCGGCACUAACCGGAAUACGGAAAACAAGUACAUAGAGGUGUGGCAUAUCUUCGGCCGCGCCGCGGAGAGGCUGAAGCAUAAUGUUGAUCAGACAUCACAGUUGGAGGUUAUUGCGGGUUUGGCUAGGCAUUUCCUGAGGAAAGGUGUUCUCAUGUAA